UUUAUUGCACACUCCCCUUUCCCCGCCACUGGCACUGGUACCCGAGUUCCACCUCUUCGACGUCUUUUCUCGCUGUGUCUCACAUUCGCGGUCGCGUUUCGCUUUCGCGUAUGUAGUGCGCGCGCGGUGUAGUGCAUCCAUUCCGCAUCUAUGCACAGCGGAGGACGUGCCAAGAGAGAUGCGAAUCAUUGUGCAUAGAUUUACUACAACAACAACACACACUCAGUGUUGCCCGUGUAACGGCGAGCGGCUGCAGCGGCGAAGAACCAGUGAUUGAAAUAGUCAUCCAAACCUGAAAGGAACAACAAAUGUAUCAACUGUCUCUCAACUCUGGCUAAGCCAAUUGUGACGAGACGAUGCACCGCAUAAGUAUUAUCAUCGAAAAAUGCCAUUAAGAUUGGCUUCAGCUACCACAGUACCGAGUCGCAUAAAACCGGACAAGAGCAACAACAAUAGGCCGCUAAACUGCAACAUUAUUGGAUGAAAUCCUUGUGGCAAUCGAUGCAUUCGAUUGUUCUGCAUUCGACACAGCUGAACCAUACCACGCUAACGCUAUGAGACGAAAUGUGAAGGUGUUUGGUAUUAUUUCCAUAACCUGGAUCGUGGUGGUCAUCUACUACUUUCAAGGUGACUACUACCAUAAUGACGGGAAUCGCGCACUGCGGUUGCGCAGCAGCAGCAAGGUAAAGCAGCACUCCGUCUCAGACCAGUACAUUGGAGGCGGUGGUGGCGCCGCACGCGAGGCUCUGACGCACCGCGACAAUGAACACCAGAGUUCGCUAAAGAAUGCAGAGGAUAGUAAUUCCGCGUUCGUCGGCAGUAGUAGUAGCAGUACCAGCAGUAGCAACGGUCACAACCUGCACAGUAGCAAUAGCAAUAGCAAUAGUAUAUUUAGUUACAAUUCGCCACCCAUGACAUGGGACUAUUUCGAUGAGGCCAGCUACAUUCAGAAGGGCGGUCUGCAGCGCGGAGAAGAUCCGUACCUAAGGAAUCGCUUCAAUCAGCAGGCGAGCGAUGGUUUGAAGAGCAACCGAGAACUGCCGGACACGCGCAAUGCGAUGUGUCGUCGUUCGACCUGGACGGAGCCGGCUAGCAUCGCCCAUCUGCCUGCUACCAGUGUGAUCAUCACGUUUCAUAACGAGGCCCGCAGCACACUGCUGCGGACGGUGGUAAGCGUGCUAAACCGCUCGCCGGAACGAUUGAUCCACGAGAUUAUCCUGGUGGAUGACUACUCCGACUUUCCGGAGGAUGGGCAAGAGUUGGCCAAAAUUCAGAAGGUGCGGCUGAUAAGGAAUAGCAUACGUGAGGGGUUGGUACGAUCACGGGUAACGGGUGCUGCAGCCGCCACGGCAAAGGUACUUACAUUCCUUGACAGUCACUGCGAGUGUAACGUGAACUGGCUCGAACCGUUGCUGGCCCGGGUGGCCGAGGAUCCAACUCGCGUCGUGUGUCCAGUGAUUGACGUGAUCAGCAUGGAUACUUUCCAGUACAUAGGUGCGUCGGCGGAUCUUCGCGGAGGGUUCGAUUGGAACCUGGUGUUUAAGUGGGAAUAUCUGAGCAAUGCCGAACGAAAGGCGCGGCAGCGCGAUCCCACGGCCCCCAUCCGAACGCCCAUGAUUGCGGGAGGCCUGUUCGUGAUUGAUAAAGCGUACUUCGAGCGGCUCGGCACCUACGAUACGCAGAUGGACAUCUGGGGCGGAGAAAAUCUCGAAAUCAGUUUCCGAGUGUGGCAGUGUGGCGGAUCGCUGGAAAUAAUCCCCUGCAGCCGGGUCGGGCACGUGUUCCGCAAGCGCCAUCCGUACACGUUCCCCGGCGGUGGGAGUGGAAAUAUUUUCGCCAAAAACACGCGCCGCGCCGCCGAAGUGUGGAUGGAUGAGUACAAGAAGUAUUACUAUGCGGCCGUCCCGUUGGCUACGAACAUUCCUUUCGGUGACAUCGACGAUCGGUUGCAGCUGCGCCGGGAGCUGCAGUGCAAACCGUUCCGGUGGUAUCUGGAGCACGUUUAUCCACAGCUGGGCAUACCGGAGCGACGGAACAACGGUAGCCUAAGGCAGGGUGUAUACUGUCUGGACAGUUUGGGCAACGUGGCCGGUGCGGUCGUGGGGCUGUACACGUGUCACGGAAAUGGCGGUAACCAGAACUGGGUGCUCAAUAGGAAGGGGGAGCUAAAGCAUCAUGAUCUCUGCCUGACGCUGGUUAAAUUUACGAUCAGCGCACGGUACAACAGCGUGCUGAUGAAGUACUGUGACGAUUCGGAGAACCAGCAGUGGCACCUGAAGGAUGGCGGGCUGAUACAGCACCGCAAGAUCAACGUUUGUCUCGAUUCGCGGCACAUGAAGGAACGGGGCAUCACGGCCGAACGGUGCAAUUCCGCGCUCGAGUCGCAACACUGGAAGGUUGUGACGGAGGCACAGUAAGCUUUAGCUUGGCCGGUGGGUAAGGUUUGCUUACACGCGGAACCCGACUUGUUGUGGUUUGCCGACGCUGAUAGUCAGUGAAGAUGUGUUCCGUGUUCUUUGUUGUUAUAUACAUACAUUCUAUUCAACAACUCCUGAUAUGCAGAUAUUAGAUAGUACGAAAGCGCGUAGCAUUGUGACACUAUAUAGAGUUUAAGGCGUAUCGGCGAGCCGUGAAUCGAUCCAACUUUUGCAUCAACGUAGAUUCACGCAAUUGCAAAGCACACCCACACACCCACACAGACAACCUUCCUUCCCUUACACCCACACACAUACACCAAUACAAAUAAUGUAAGUAAAGAAGAAAGCAAACGAUAUUCUCGCUGUAACGACGCAAAUGCAACCUUUUUAUUGUAUUUCCAGAUAGUUUUUUGUUACAAAACAAGGAUAAAAGUAAAGAGCAUCCAGGAAUAGUUUUGUCCUGUAUGGAACACGUUAA